AUGUCGCGCGCUCAAAAUGGAUGUCGGGGCGGUGGUCGUGGAACCAAGGAACCACUCCUCAUUGACGCGGUCAUUGGCAAGGUGGUUAAACGCAACCGUCGGAACCGCUCCGCCGCCUGGAUAGACUACAAAAAGGCAUUCGACUCGGUGCCUCAUACAUGGCUUAAGAGGGUCCUCGAGCUGUACAAGGUUGACUGUACAGUUCAAGACUUCCUCGGGCAGUGUAUGGGGCAGUGGAGUACGAUCCUUUGUCAUCUAGGCGAGCGGAUGACGGCUGCGGAGGACCACAUAAGGAUAAGAAGGGGUAUCUUCCAGGGCGAUUGUUUGAGUCCAAUCUGGUUCUGCCUCUCUCUGAACACUCUUAGUACCUUACUGGAGGGUUCCGGGAGGGGAUUUCAGCUUCGGAGAGGAGGUAAAAAAGUGACCCACCUUUUCUAUAUGGAUGAUCUCAAGUUAUUCUCCUCCAGUAGCUCUCAUCUUAUGGAAUUGCUAAACAUCACUGAUGAUUUUAGCAAUUCUAUUAGAAUGGAGCUGGGGACGGAUAAGUGUGCGGUCCUCCAUGUCGAAAGGGGUGGGGUUGCUAACUUUGAGGGCAUAGACUUAUCUAUGCUCAUCAACAUAAAGACCCUAUCCGAGGCUGAAACAUACUGA